AUGGUUAGGAAAUGAAUGGGACCCAUAACACAACGGCUAUUGCCGGCGGUUGAAUUUUGACGGCGGCUGAGAUGAUCCUACCACCCCCCCACGGCUCAAUAGUCAGAAACACAAGUGGUAGGUGAAAGCUCCAUGCUUGAAACCAGCCCCACCGUCUGUCUACACAUGGAGUGCUGAAAAUAAAAUAUCUGAAAAUUCCUUCACCAACCCAACACAACAGAACUCUCUCGCUCUCGCUAGUCAAUUUCUACAGUUCUGCCAAAAAGAUCGUAUCAUAUCGUACCCAAAUUCAAACAUCAGGAGAUUUUAUCAAGCAUCUGUCGUAGCUUGUGUGGAUAGGGAGAAUGGCGGCGUCCGGUGAGUGGUACUGUGAGAAAAGACCCUUCUCGAAGAAUGAGUCUUUUGCAAGAGACAAUGAGAAUGUGCCUGAAACUGGGUGCCUCUCCAUCAUUGUUCUUGGUGCUUCUGGUGAUCUCGCUAAAAAAAAGACCUUUCCUGCACUUUUUAACCUUUACCGGCAGGGAUUUCUACAAUCGAAUGAAGUUCACAUUUUUGGCUAUUCAAGGACCAAGCUAUCUAAUGAUGAAUUGAGAGAUCGAAUUCGAGGGUUUCUUCCCCAGGGGAAAGAAUUGACAAAUGAUGUUUCAGACUUUCUGCAGUUGAUUAUAUAUGUGAGUGGCUCUUAUGAUGCUCCGGAAGGGUUUCAAGAAUUAGAUAAGGCAAUAUCUGAGCAUGAAGUAUCAAAAAACAGUACAGAAGGAUCAUCCCGGAGGCUUUUCUAUCUUGCACUUCCUCCAUCAGUAUAUCCACAAGUCUGCAAAAUGAUCAAGAGUUAUUGCAUGAAUAAAUCUGAUCUUGGUGGAUGGACUCGUAUUGUUGUUGAGAAGCCCUUUGGCAAGGAUUUGGCUUCAGCUGAGGAACUAAGCUCCCAGAUAGGAGAAUUGUUUGAUGAACCACAAAUUUACCGUAUUGAUCAUUAUUUGGGAAAGGAAUUGGUGCAGAACUUGUUGGUGCUUCGUUUUGCAAAUCGCUUCUUUUUACCUCUUUGGAAUCGUGAUAACAUUGCUAAUGUGCAGAUUGUGUUUAGAGAAGAUUUUGGGACUGAAGGUCGUGGUGGAUAUUUUGAUCAAUAUGGGAUUAUCCGUGAUAUUAUCCAAAAUCACUUAUUACAGGUUCUUUGCCUUGUCGCCAUGGAGAAACCCGUCUCCCUGAAGCCUGAGCAUAUACGAGAUGAGAAAGUGAAGGUUCUUCAAUCAGUUGUUCCUAUAAAAGACGAAGAGGUGGUGCUUGGUCAAUAUCAAGGCUAUAAGGAUGAUCCAACAGUUCCAAAUGACUCAAACACUCCAACCUUUGCAACAGUAAUUCUACGUAUACACAAUGAAAGAUGGGAAGGUGUGCCUUUUAUACUCAAGGCAGGAAAAGCUUUAAAUUCGAGAAAAGCUGAAAUCAGGGUUCAAUUCAAGGAUGUUCCUGGCGAUAUAUUUAAAUGUCAAAAGCAAGGAAGGAAUGAAUUUGUGAUUCGACUGCAACCUUCAGAGGCCAUAUACAUGAAGCUAACAGUCAAACAGCCUGGAUUGGAAAUGUCAGUUGUUCAGAGUGAACUAGACUUGUCAUACAGGCAACGCUACCAAGGGGUUGUCAUUCCUGAGGCUUAUGAACGGCUGAUUCUUGACACAAUUAAAGGUGAUCAGCAGCAUUUUGUCCGCAGAGACGAACUGAAGGCAGCCUGGGAGAUCUUCACUCCCCUUCUGCACCGAAUAGAUCAGGGAGAGUUCAAGUCACUUCCUUACAAGCCGGGCAGCAGAGGCCCUGUGGAAGCAGACGAACUGUUAGAACGCGCAGGUUAUGUCCAAACACACGGGUACAUAUGGAUCCCCCCAACCUUGUAACUAAGUUUCUGAAAGAGACACACCAACCCCUGCCUUUUUAAUUCCCUGUUGUUACUAUAAACAUUUCGCCAUUCAUGUCUGAGACCGAGAUUGAGAAAUAUGUAACGGGUCGGUGUAUCAAUGCCCUUAUGUAAUAAUACAUGGUGUUCCAAAAGGUAAUAAAAAUGGAAGUCUGAUUGAUGCUUGCUUCGCUUCACA